AUGGUGUGGCUGAACACAGGUCAUAUCAAAAAUGCGGGCACCUUUCGUCACAAUAUUGACCCAGACCACUGGCCACGAAAACCACUGACAGAACAGCUCUCCGAAGAUUGGGAUCAACUCAUUAGUUGUUAUCUGAUGGCCGACUACAUACAGGCGCCAAGAUACACGAACCAUAUAAUGAAUGCUCUCAUUGAAACAUUGAAAAAGUUCGAAUGGGUUCCGGUGAAUGACGAUUUCCCUCUUGAACCCUUGUGUAAUUCGUGUAUCAAAAGCGUCAAUAUCGUCUGGACCGAGACUGUUGCUACGUCACCUCUCAGGAAUCUAAUUUUAGACACUCUCGGUUUAACACAUCACGCUCCUCGAAAUAUGACGGAGACACUGUUUCUUGCUUCCCCAACACCAGAGACACUAGGCGACAGUCUGACGGUGCCAGAAGAUUUUCUCAAAUCGUUACAGCUUCAUACUCAAGUUCAAGCCCCGUGGGGGGCGCCUAAGAGUGCCUACCACAUUGAGGAAAAGCUUCCGCGGCCAAAUUAA